AUGUCUGCUGGCUCUAGGUUCUACGUAGGGCCCAAGCUGUUCGUGGUGGUGACGCAGCCCGAGGACGUGAAGGCGGUGCUGGUCGACUGCAGACAGCGCCAAAGGGACCCCUACUUCUUGCGGCCCAUGCGCUUCUUCAUCGGAGAUGGGCUCAUCACAAACAAGGCUGACGUCUGGAAGGCACACCGCAAGAUAGUCCUGCCGACGUUCCACACUGAGGUGCUGGGCCGGUUCAUGGGAGCGUUCAACGAGGCGGGCCGCUUCGUGUGCGAGCGGCUGUCUGCGGCGGAGGGCACAGAGCUCAACGUGUACCCCACGUUCUUCCAGUCCGCUCUCCGGACCCUCACCUCCACCCUGUUCGGCGUCGGCCUGGACCAGCUGGAACCAGACCACAGCAAGCAGGUGCACUUCGCUACGGAGUUUUACAAAUCCAUGAAAGCAAUCCAGCGCAUAGUGUUCCGGCCGUGGCUGCAGGUGGUCUGCAUGGUGUCGACUGCACUGGGCGCGCGCUGGCUGCGGGAGCGCAAGGGCCAGAUCCACCGGCUGGUGGCGCGCGGCAUCGCCUACAAGAGGCAGCACCCCGGCGGCGACCGCGAGCCGGCCAAGAGGCGGCCGCUGGCCGAGGUGCUCAUCGCGCCGCACGGCCAGCUGCUGCUGUCGCCCCAGGAGGUCCACGACGAGGUAUGCACGUUCGCCAUGGCGGGCACAGAAACGACUGCCUCCACGCUGGGCUUCGCCCUGUCGCUACUGGGACUUCACCCCGAGUGGCAGGACAUCGCUCAAAAAGAGUUCGACGCCGUCUUUGGGAGUGGAGACGACUAUCUGAGGCCCUGCACCUUGGAGGAUCUCUCACAGCUCACUGUCAUCGACAGCAUCGUCAAGGAGACGCUGAGGCUGUUCUCGGUUGUGCCAACACUUCCACACUACGCAAGCGAAGACAUCCAGCUUGCGGGCGGUCGCUACACGGCCUCUCGCGGCAGCUGCGUGCUGCUGGCGCUGUGCCUGCUCCAGCGACAGCCACACCUCUUCCCAGACCCAGACAAGUUCGACCCGGGCCGCUUCCUGGAGGGUGGUUCUGCCCGCUCCAGGUUGCCGUACAGCUACGUGCCGUUUGGCGCCGGGUCCCGCAUGUGUGUGGGUGCGCGCUUCGCCCAGUUGGAGAUAAAGACUGUGUUGACUUCGGUGCUGAGAAGGUUUCACAUUUUACCUGGGUCCAGCAGAGAAGAGCUGGAAGAGGUGGCGUUGGCUGUCACUGGACUGCCCCUCAGUGGACUUAGGGUCUCUUGUGUGCCGCGAAACAACCUACCAGUGCGUUCAACAUAG